UUUUUUCAUUAAAAAUUACAUUUUUAUAAAAUUAAACAGCUUUUUCCACAAUGGAGAAUACUUUCACAAUCAACAAGACAGUUCUUAAGAAGUUUAAGAGUUCCAAGGUGUUCAAAGACCAUAAAGAAGAGGUGAAUUCACUUGACAUAAGCCGAUGAGGGAAUUAUCUGGUGUCUUGUAGUACUGACGGCAAAAUACAUCUGUAUGAUUUGCAACAAGGCGAUAAGAUAAACUCGUAUCUCAUUGAAGACUCUAAAGAGCUAGGGAACAUCAAGUUUACCAAUCAUUCCAAGACAGUUCUGCUUUCAACAUACGAGAAGGAGGCUUACUCUAUCAUCUAUCUGUCUUUGCAUGAUAAUGUAGUGCUGGCCAAAUUUUUAGGUGAGAACACAAGGAUCCUCUCAAUAGACACAAGUCCUUUAGACUCUAAAUUUGUGACUUCAACUACUAAUGAGGAAGCUAGAGUAUGGGACUACAAUUCAACAGACCUCAUUGCGGUUUUUAGAGAAUGCAAAGCUACCUGCAUUGACAAUACAGGAAAAGUACUGGCUUGAUCACAUAAUCCUCCAGUGGGAGAGGAGAGACAUAUCUAUUUGUACAAUAUAGAAGAAGAUGAGUAUGAGUACCCUUUCUCGACCCUAUCAAUCAACCACCAUCCAAAUAACUUCGUCAUAAAAUUCAUGAAGUUCAGCUACAAUGGCAAAUACCUUCUUUGUAUUGAUGAAAUUCACAGCGUCUUCAUAGUAGAUGCUUUUGAUGGAGGCAUCAUUAACAAGCUAAUAGAACCCUCAAGACAAUCCACCCCAACUCCAGUUGUCGCAGACUUUAGUCCAUGCAGCAAACACAUCGUGUUUGGGAUGAACAAUAGAGUAGCCUUUUGGAACUGGGUAGACAAUGAAGAGACUACACUUUCAGGUACCCAUGUAAAGGAAAUAAACGCUAUCAGAUGAAACCCAGAGUACUUCUGAGUUGUUUCAGCUUGCCAGAACAUCAUCCUGUGGAGUUUAGACACAACUGAGGUAGAUGAUGCUCCUGAAAAAUAAUCAUUUUCUAACUUUUCGACACUCAAUUUUU